AUGGCUACAUCUCCCAGUGACUCUACCAUGAAGAAGGAAGAUCCCAAGGAGCAAGUCUCGCAAACCGACUGGGAUAUCGAGCAACGAGAACCCGAGAAGAAACGCUCGGGUGUCCUCAAUGUAGUGAUUUCCGGGUUGGCCUUGUUCAGUGAUGGAUACAACGCUCAAAUCAUUGGCUAUAUGGAGCCUUUAUUCUCAGUUCUCUAUAAGGAUGGAAUGUCUUCAACUAUAAAGUCGCGCCUGUCGAACUCAUAUCUCAUCGGUGAAAUAUUUGGCAUGCUUUUCUUUGGGGUUCUGAUUGACCGUAUUGGUCGUCGGACUGGUAUCGUCGCCGCGACGGCGUUCCUUAUUAUCGGAGUCGUGUUAGCAACCGCCUCGCAUGGAAAAUCGCAACUAGGAAUGUUUUGGAUGAUGAUUAUUGCCCGAGGCAUUGCAGGGUUUGGCGCUGGAGGAGAAUAUCCUGUUUGCGCCACCAGUGCUACUGAGGCCGCUGAUGAGACAGUCCACCUCCGGAAGCGACGUGGUUUCUUGGUCGCACUAACCACGGAUUUUGCUAUAGAUCUGGGAUUUGUUGCAGCUGGCUUGGUUGCUCUUAUUGUUCUCGCGUGUUACAGCCAACAAAACUCUGAAGGGGUCUGGCGUGUUGCAUUCGGUCUGGGCAUUGUGUUGCCACUAUCAAUCUGUUUCUUCCGCUUUCGGAUGGUCAACUCUACUCAAUACCAAAAGCAUGCUAUCAAGUCGCAGUAUCCCUACGGUUUAGUUCUACGUCGCUACUGGAAACCCAUGCUUGGAACAUCCUUGGCUUGGUUCUGCUACGACUUUGUCACAUAUCCAUUUGGUCUAUUCUCGUCCACCAUUAUUGAGCAGCUUAACCCCAACAACACCACAGUUCAGAAUAUUGGAUACGGGACCGUCAUCAACUGUUUUUAUCUUCCAGGAUGUUUACUUGGUGGUAUCCUGAUGGAUCGAAUCGGCCGCAAACAGACCAUGACCUUAGGGUUCAUGAUCUGGGCUAUAUGGGGAUUUAUUCUGGGGGCUGCACUCCAACCUAUUCAGAGUGUUUUCCCACUUUUUAUAGUCAUGUAUGGCAUUUUCCAAGCGCUCGGAGAGAUGGGCCCUGGAGUCUCGACAUUCCUCUGUGCUUCGGAGUCAUUUCCAACACCUCUACGUGGUCAUUUCCUCGGAUUUGCGGCUGCAGUUGGCAAAGCCGGGGCAUCGAUCGGGACAGAAGUCUUCACCCCGAUCCAGAACUCCUUCGAUACCACCGCCAAAGGCCAGCAAGCAGUUUUCCUAAUUGGUGCGGCCUUCACAGUGGUAGGUGGUCUGGUUGCCUGGUUCCUCAUCCCAGAUAUGUCUCGAGAGCUUGAGACAGAGGACGCCAAGUUUAAAGCAUACUUAGAAGAGCAUGGCUAUGAUGUGAGUUUGUAUGGCGAGGCAUUGGUCGUCAACGCUCGCGCUUCGACUUAA